AUGCUUCUGUGCAACAACGCUAAUAAUCUUCAAUCAUUACUUUUUAAAGAACAAUGCUCUGAACAUCGGUUUGCUGAGCCGCACCAAGCACCAAAUCAAUAUGGACGCCCGCAUACCGGUACUAGCCGAAACGCUGCGCACCCUGCGCCUCCUCCUGGUUUCAGCCCGCUACCUGUGCCGACUUUUGCCGCUGCCCCACCGCAACCGCCAGUAAGCUCUUAUCAUGCACCUUCUAGCAGCGCACCAAACCUGGCUAUCAGAUCUAAUCUGCCUACCAGUUCGCCGCCAGUCAACAGUUGUGCAUCUCCGCCCGUAAGUUCAAGCCCUGCCUCCAGUGCACAAUAUGUAACAAACAGUUCUCUAUCUUCUAUACCACACACUUUUAGUGGCUGCACUCAGGUGAAGGCCGUACAUGCUUCUGCUCUACUUGGAACCGCUGUCGUUACAGUUCUGAACCAAUACAAUCAACCCUUCUUGUUGCGUGCUGUGUUGGACUCUGGUUCCAUGCGCUCCAUUAUCACCACCCGAGCUGCCACCGCAAUGGGUUUAGUUGUUGUGCCCGCUCAAAUCCAACUGAAUGGAAUCUCUGAAAAAAGGACAUCUGUCAAAGGCAUCGUGCAGUUAAGAAUAUUGUCCGAACCUCAAUUUGAUAUUGCUCUUUCUACUGAAGCUCUUGUAUUAGAUCAAAUUGCUGGCAAUCUUCCUGUCUUUCCGCUUCACCCCGCACUAAAGAAUUCGUUUGCGCAUCUGGACCUCACUGAUCCUAAUUUUGAUAAGCCUGCUGAAAUCGACCUACUGAUUGGUGCUGAUUUAUACUCCAACAUCUUUAUAUCCGCAGAAAAUUCCAUUAUUCCUGGUAACCCUGCCGCCUUUGCCACAAUCUUUGGUUAUGUUUUAAGUGGUAGAUUGAAUAUUGAGGACUCGCCCGCACCGCUCAAUGAAAUGCAGCUCAUUUGCACUAUGUUUGCACAGGAAGCACAGCUCAACACCAUCAUGAACAAAUUUUGGGAAACCGAAGAGGCCAUCCCUGUUCGAAAAGAGUCAUCACCUGAAGACGAGUUGUGUGAGAAACUGUACCGAUCCACUACUUAUCGCACCUCUGAAGGAAGGUAUGUUGUGGCACUGCCUUUCAAACCUGGCGCUCCCGCUCUGUGCAAUAACCGCAGCAAAGCAUACCGCAAUCAGUUAGGACUACUGAAAAAACUGAGUCAAUCUGAUGAACUCGAAACCAAAUACUCUGACUUCAUGCAUGAGUAUCGUGACUUAGGUCACUUGAAAAUCGCUGAUUCUGCUGUAGAUUACAUCAUACCACAUCACGCAAUAUUCAAGAAAAACGACAACACUCAAAAAAUUCGAGUUGUUUUCAACGCAUCUAGCAAAGACGCCAAUGGGCUCUCACUUAACGAUGUGCUGCUACCUGGAGCUAAACUUCAAACAAACAUAGUCCAAGUGUUAACCCGCUUUCGUUCAUACCGCUUUGUCAUCCUUGCAGACUGCAAACAAAUGUACAGACAAAUCUUGCUGAGACCUGAAGACUGCCAGCAUCAACAUAUAUUUUGGAAACCCACCCACCAAGAAAAAAUUCAAGAAUUUGAACUGUUAACAGUGACUUAUGGAUUAUUCUCUAGCGCGUAUCUUGCUCAGCGUACUCUGCAACAAUUAGUGGAGGACGAAGGUGAAGCUUUCCCACUCGCCAGUCAAGUACUGAAGUCGCAAACGUAUGUCGACGACAUACUUGGCGGAAGCAAUGACCUGAAUACCACACAUUCACUUAUCAAAGAACUCAAUGAGUUAUUGUCACUCGCCUCCUUCGAAUUGAGGAAAUGGAAUUCCAACACACCUGAGUUGAUUGAGCAUAUGUCGCCCGAAUAUUUGAGCAAUCAGGAAUGCCUGUUUGAUGAUACUGCAACCGCCAAAGUCCUUGGUAUUGUGUAUAGUCCGCUUGCCGAUGAUUUCCAAUAUUUCAUCUCUGCCUUUUCUGAAAGAAGCACGAAAAGAACAAUACUCGCCUUCAUUGCACGAAUUUAUGACCCACUGGGUUGGCUAUCACCGCUUAUUCUACUGUUUAAGUUAUUCAUGCGCACUCUGUGGUCUGAACGCCUUGGAUGGGAUGAUGAAAUUUCUACACCACUAUUAACUCAUUGGAAAUCCUUGGUUACCGCUAUCAACCAGUUACACCAGAUUCGCAUACCAAGACUGUUAGCUUGCUCCCAUUCCUCAAUUAGACUGUUAGGAUUCGCCGAUGCCUCAGAGAAAGGAUAUGCCGCCUGCUUGUACCUUCAUGAAGAAGUUGAAAACCGCUUUAUUGAUUGUCGUCUUAUUGCCGCCAAGAGUCAUGUUGCACCCCUCAAAACCCUAACAAUCCCUCGAUUGGAAUUGAAAGGCUGUCUCUUGUUAGCACAACUUGUAUCUGUCAUUUACCAACUCUAUCAGAAUACAACCUGCUGGAAAUUCGUCUCUACACUGAUUCCAAAACCGCCUUGGACUGGAUCAAUACACCUACUUACAAACUGCAGAUUUUUGUUGCUAAUCGUGUACAGCAAAUCACUCAAUUAG